AUGCGUGUUGCAUCGAUAUAUAACAACCGGGUGAUCCGGCCUUGGCAUGUGAGCAUGGGAGGGAUUACCGUCAUGCUCGCGCUGUUGUUGCUGCUGCUCGAUGCCAGCAUCGGCUAUAUGGCGAUCAUGCAGCUGCGUCCCGUCCAUCCCGCACAGUUCGACGACCAGAUGCACGUGAGAUUCAGGAGGAUCGUCAGAGACAGGGGCUACCCGCAGCACCUCUCCGCCUGCCUCGAUGACAGGGAUUGCGGACCGGGGCUGGUGUGCCAGAGCUACACCUACGGGAAGUUCUGCACGCUGAACCUGAGGGUAGACCGGGUAGAAUGA